GAGAGCUUUUUGCUGUCAAAUGACGUGGUUCGAAUUGAUACAUCAUUUUCACGUUUUGUGAGUGAAAUUAAGUGAAUUUUAGGGAAAGUAUUGCAAUAAUAUCAUUGUGUUUGUGUCCGGUUGAAGGAUGACCACGUAUGAGGAGUACAUCCAGCAGAAUGAGGACAGGGAUGGGAUAAGGUUUACGUGGAAUGUGUGGCCUUCAAGUCGAAUCGAUGCUACUCGUCUGGUGGUGCCUCUGGGAUGUCUAUAUCAGCCACUGAAGGAACGUCCUGAUCUGCCUCCUAUUCAGUACGAUCCUGUUCUCUGUACUCGUACCACUUGCCGGGCAAUCCUCAAUCCCAUGUGCCAGGUGGAUUACCGGGCAAAGCUUUGGGUCUGCAAUUUCUGCUUUCAGCGGAAUCCGUUUCCACCCCAAUAUGCUGCAAUCUCUGAGCAACAUCAGCCGGCAGAACUCAUUCCUGGCUUCAGUACCAUCGAGUACACUUUGAUGCGCGCCCCUUGCAUGCCCCCUGUCUUUCUCUUUGUCGUGGACACUUGCAUGGACGAUGAUGAGCUGGGAGCGUUGAAGAACUCCCUGCAGAUGUCCUUGAGUCUCCUCCCAUCUACUGCCCUCAUCGGGCUGAUAACCUUCGGGAAGAUGGUGCAGGUGCAUGAAUUGGCCACAGAUGGCUGCUCCAAGAGCUACGUGUUCCGGGGCACCAAGGAUCUCACGGCAAAGCAGAUCCAGGACAUGUUGGGCAUUGGAAGGGUCCCAGCUGGGGCUAUGCAGCAUCCUCAGCAGCAGCAGCCACGGGGACCUCAGGCCCAAUCCGUGGCGCCUGCCAAUCGCUUCCUGCAGCCCAUUCACAAGUGCGACAUGGCUCUGACGGAUCUUCUGGGCGAACUGCAGCGCGAUCCUUGGCCAGUGCCUCAAGGAAAGAGGUAUCUGAGGUCCACGGGAACAGCCUUGAGCAUCGCAGUGGGAUUGCUGGAGUGCACCUAUCCCAACACAGGGGCUCGGAUUAUGCUCUUCGUGGGAGGACCAUGCUCUCAAGGUCCUGGCCAGGUUGUCAAUGAUGAAUUGAAGCAACCUAUCCGGUCGCAUCAUGACAUCCACAAGGACAAUGCCAAGUACAUGAAAAAGGCAGUGAAGCACUACGAUGCUCUGGCCAUGAGAUCAGCCACAAAUGGCCACUGCAUCGAUAUCUAUUCCUGUGCUCUGGAUCAGACGGGCCUGAUGGAGAUGAAGCAGUGCUGCAAUUCGACUGGAGGGCACAUGGUAAUGGGAGACUCGUUUAAUUCGUCCCUCUUCAAGCAGACGUACCAGCGAGUGUUUGCCCGGGACGCCAAGGGAGAGCUCAAGAUGGCCUUCAAUGGCACGUUGGAGAUUAAGUGCUCGCGUGAGCUGAAGAUUGAGGGAGGGAUUGGAUCCUGUGUGUCGCUGAAUGUGAAGAAUGCUUCAGUUUCGGAUUCGGAGAUUGGAAUGGGAGGAACUGCUCAGUGGAAGCUCUGCACGAUGACGCCCAACAUGACCAUGGCAUUCUUCUUCGAGGUGGUCAAUCAGCAUGCGGCUCCGGUGCCCCAGGGUGGUCGGGGAUGCAUCCAAUUCAUCACGCAGUAUCAACAUUCCAGUGGCCAGAGGCGCAUCCGGGUGACGACGGUGGCAAGGAAUUGGGCAGAUUCAUCCACAAAUCUCCAUCACAUCAGUGCAGGAUUUGACCAGGAGGCAGCUGCUGUUCAGAUGUCCAGGAUGGUGGUGUACAGGGCUGAGAGUGACGAUGGUCCGGAUGUUCUGCGUUGGGUGGAUCGGAUGCUGAUUAGGCUGUGCCAGAAAUUUGGGGAAUACAGCAAAGAUGAUCCCAAUAGUUUUCGAUUGGCAGAGAAUUUCAGUCUCUAUCCUCAGUUCAUGUACCAUCUGAGACGUUCGCAGUUCCUUCAGGUGUUCAAUAAUUCUCCCGAUGAGACUACUUUCUACCGACACAUGCUGAUGCGAGAGGAUUUGACGCAAUCCCUCAUCAUGAUCCAACCAAUUCUCUACAGUUACUCGUUCAAUGGACCUCCAGAACCUGUUCUCCUGGACACUUCGUCCAUUCAGCCGGAUCGGAUCCUGCUCAUGGACACCUUCUUCCAGAUUCUCAUCUUCCACGGGGAGACAAUUGCCCAGUGGCGUCAGCUCAAGUACCAGGAUAUGCCGGAAUAUGAGAAUUUCAAGCAAUUGCUGCAGGCGCCCGUGGACGAUGCCCAGGACAUCCUGCAGACACGAUUCCCCAUGCCCAGGUACAUUGACACGGAACAGGGCGGAUCCCAGGCCAGAUUCCUUCUGUCCAAGGUCAAUCCUUCGCAGACGCACAACAACAUGUACGCCUACGGCCAGGUAAGUAACUUUUAUCCGAAACUUCUAUCACUUCCCUGUCCUUCAAAAGAACCUAAUCAUAAUAGAAGGCUAAUCAUAAUAAAGAAUAGAGAUACCCUUGGCAAUCGCUCGAAAAUGUUUCAUGAAAUCCGAGAAAUUCAAGAAUAAUUUCGUGAAAUGAAAUGAAAAUAUUCCGCUAACCCUGGGAGGCAAGAGUUUUUUUUAUAACAAUCACAAAAAAAAAUGUUUUAGGAAACCCACGCAAUCAAAAUGUUUCGCAAAAUUUGACAAAGUGUACAAAAUAUUUCGUGAAGAGUAAUAAAACGGCAAAAUCUUUUUGGUCAGUAAAAAGUCAAAUUUGGUCAGUAAAAAGUUCAAAUUGGUCAGUAAAAAACUUUUAAAAAAAUCAGUAAAAAAUUAAAUUUGGUCCGUAAAAAGUCAAAUUUGGUAAAAUUCAAAUUGGUUAGUAAAAAAUAAAAUAUUGAUCAGUAAAAAAAUGAAAUAUGGUCAGUAAAAAACUAAAAAAAAUCAGUAAAAAAAUUAAAUUUGGUCAGUAAAAAGUCAAAUUUGGUUAGUAAAAAAUUCAAAUUGGUCAUUAAAAAAUAAAUAUUGAUCAGUAAAAAAUUAAAUAUGGUCAGUAAAAAACUUUAAAAAAUCAGUGAAAAAUUAAAUUUGGUCGGUAAAAAGACAAAUUUGGUCACCAAAAAAUCAAAUACGGUCACUACAAAAUUAAAUAUGGUCAGUAAAAAACUUCAAAUGAAAAAUCAGUAAAAAAUUAAAUUUGGUCAGUAAAAAGUCAAAUUUGGUUAGUAAAAAAUUCAAAUUGGUCAUUAAAAAAUAAA